GUAAAAGUACAGUGUAGUAAAAUUGACUCAUUUUUCAAAAUAGUUACUGAAGUAAAUGUAGCCACCAGUCACUACCCGCCUAUAGCUAUUAACUUCAGUGGUGACUGAUGGUGAGUUCAGGGAGUCUAUAAAAAUCAGGAAAGACUGCUAACCCCCGAAGCGUGAUUUUCGUUCCAAACAGAAGCGAGACCAGAACAUAUCCAGUCUCCUGCGGGUUUUUCUGUGAAUCCUAACUGAAGACUGUCCCCGAGUCCAGCCUCACUGUCUCUUUAAGAGCCCGCUCUCCUUCAGUCCUCCCUGCUUCACUAUGGCGAAGGAACAAACAAACAAAACGGAACGGGUCCCGGCCGGAACCGUGAACACAUCUCUCGGUUUGAGUGACUAAGCUCAGUGAGUUGUGGCCGCUCUCAGGCAGGGUGUGCUCUUGUUUUCUUUAUUUUUCUCUCUGUGCGGGUUGAGAGGCAGAUGCUGUCCGCACAGAAAGCGAUGAAAAGAGCUGGAACAGUUGGCUUGUUCACACCGAAAACCUCAGCUGGAGGAGGAGGAGGCGGAGAAGAAGAAGAAGCCGGGCUGCUGCUACUGCUACUGCUGGUGGCCGCUGUUCAACGCCGUUUUAACGGUUUUCCUCCGCUGGAAACAGAUGGACGAAGCAGGACGCUAACCCGUAACCAUUAGCUUCAGACAGCACACGUUUUCCCUCCUGGAUUCUUCCUGGUUGUCGGUUCUGAAACAGUCCAGAAAGAUGUUGACAGGAUCCAGAACGACGUUCAAAGUGAGGCAGAUGCUCCCAGAUAUUAAGGAGAGGAUGCUGAGCCAGAGCAGCAUCGGCGCCAGGAGUCGAGACGUGUUUGGACUCCGGUGUUUACCAGGUGAAUGUGUCCUCCAGAGGACGGUCAUGGUGAGGAAGAAGCUGACUGCCAGGGAAGGCAGAGGAUGGCUCUCUGGUACCCUCUUCUGCACCCACUUCAGAGUGGCGUUUGUUCCCCAGGACAGUCCCAAAGCUGAUGACAACGCAGAUCCGAUCCUCCUGGGAGAUCAUGACAUAGCUCUGGCAUCUAUAGAGAAAGUGGUGGCCGUCGGACCAAACAGAACCAAGCUGGUGACCCCGAACUCGUCCCUGAAGUUCACUCCAGAGGAGUUGGUGCUCUACUGUCGGGACAUGAGAGUCAUGUGCUUCCUGUUUGACCGCCUGACCCCCGAUGCGCAGGUCAUAGAGAUAACUUACACCAUUGCCAAGACCUACCAGCCUCUCAAACCCGGCUCCGUUUUAGCCUUCCAGAACGCUGCCCUGGGGAGUGUAGAAAUGAAGCAGUUCCUAAGCAACCGCCGCCGAGACUCCCACAUGAACUGGUUUGAAUCCGCCUCGGACUGGGAGCAGGAGCUGGAGCGCUGCGGCGCCACGAGCUGGAGGGUCAGCUCCGUCAACGACCGCUUCGAAAUGUCGAACAGCCUGUCGAAGUUCAUCGUCGUUCCUCAGAAGGUUUUGGACACAGAGCUGAAGAAGAGUUUUGCCCACUUCAACGAAGGACGGAUACCUCGCUGGUGCUGGAGGCAUCCCAGAGGCAGCGACCUGCUGCGCAUGUCCAGCUUCCAGAACAACAUCUACCACGAGAAAGAUGACAUCAGGAACCUGGAGAUGGUUCUGUUUGGCUGUCAGUCGUCUCUGUGCGUGGUGGUGGAGCUGGGCGACGAGCUGCCGUCACCCGCCGACAUCCAGCUGGCCCACAGCCGCCUGCGGGCCCUUUGUCUGGGAGAUAUCUCCUCGUCUGUGUCGGUGCCUGAUGAUAAAUGGUUAUCCACGCUGGAGGGAACACACUGGCUGGACUACAUCAGGUCGUGUCUGAGGAAGGCGUCAGAGGUUUCCUGUUUGCUGCGCAGCGGUCACCUGACUGUGGCUCUGCAGGAGGUGGAGGACCGGGACAUGAGCUGCGUGGUGUCCAGCCUGGUCCAGGUGAUGUGCGACCCCCACUAUCGGACCCAGCAUGGCUUCCAGGGCCUGGUGCAGAAGGAGUGGGUGAUGGCCGGCCACCGCUUCUACAGCCGCAUCAACUACCACCGAGAGAGCGACAAGGAGGAGUCUCCGGUCUUCCUGCUCUUUCUGGACUGCGUCUGGCACCUGUGGUUCCAGUUCCCGUCCCGUUUCCAGCUGACAGAUGACUUCCUGUUGGCCCUGCACGACGGCGUCCACCUGCCGCUCUUCUCCACCUUCCUGUCAAACUGCCAGCGGGAGAGAUGCAAACGCUCCCAGAAUGUCGGCCAGUUGUACACGCCUGUUAACGGCUGGAGGGACAUGCUGGGUCCGGACUCUUCCUCUGACACGUCGGACCCACCGCUGCCUCCGGUUUGGGACUGGGCCCUGCAGUACAGUCGGGAGAGGCGGGACGGCUUCGUCCAACCCGUCGCCCCGAUGCCGCCGCUCCAGCUGCUGCAGAACGGAAACCUCAACACCAACCUGGACACACACAGGCUGGCCGACGCCGGCCCCGGCUCCGUGUUCCUGCUCUCCCGCGGCGCCUUCACCUGCCCCGCCAACCUGCCGCCCUGGCGCAGUGGCGGCUCGGGCGCCUACAGAAAGAGCCACCGGAGGGCGCUGUCCUGUGAGAACGUGCCUGGCCUGGAGCGGCUGCUGAAGGCGUGGGCCCUGACUGAGCUGCCCCAGAACACGGCCACCGCCUCAGGGUCCAAGGGGCCCCUGGAUCCGUACGAGCCGCUGCUGCCCCUCCUGAUGGGUCCCUGCAUGAGCCUGUGGAGGGAGUGCUACCUGCGGGGGGCGCUGCACGCUCAGGCCUUCUCCCACCCGGUGUCGGCCAACCGGCCCCACCCGGUGGACCGUCUGGCCCAGGAGGUGCAGCAGCUCCGGGACCAGCUGACCCAGCUCUCCCCCCGCGCUGCUCCCGACUCGCUCACCAUGACCUCCGACCCCCGGCGACCCGACACCAACCUGAACCAGAGCACCAACAACAGCACCUUCCUUUACUCGGCGCUCCGGCCCAAAUCCACCCCCCCGCCUACCUCCACCAACCAGCACACCUCCAGGGGCCCCCCCUCCGCCUCAGCGCCGCCCCCCAGGCCCACCAGGGACGGCCCCAAACACUCCUUCCUGUUCGGACACUCGGCGGUAGCAGAAACGCGGUCGGACCCUCGCUACCAUCCGCCGCCCGGCGCCACCAAGCUGCCUAAAAGCAACGGCUCGUCGCUCACUUCCUGAGGUCCAGGACCCUGUGAAACCAGUAUGAGGCCCAUGUGGUCCCAUUAUGGGUGACAACGGGCCUGGAAGAAGAACUCUGCUCUGUGCUGUACAGACAAACAUCCAUUUUCUACUUUUUCUUUAAAAUGAAAUCAGACUCAACAGAAAUGCAAAAAAAGACCAAGAAAGGAAGCCGAGGAACGGCCGGCGGUUUAUCUUCAAAGUGACUCGGUUCUGUUCCCACACUGCUCAGAUGAACUGGGAGGCUGCUGGACCGGACCGGACCUGUUCAGUACUGUCAACCUCUACGCUGUGUGAUUACUCAAUAUGCAAACAGAUUUGUUUCUGUCGACGGUUUCUGAAAGCCGCCGGUGCUUCAACCUCCGGCUUCAAUGAGGAAUUUAGGACAUGAGAUCUAUUUUUGGUCUCGUAUCCCUCCGCCGCUGCAGCAACGGGGCCUACUUUCACUCCACAGUAUUAAAUGUGUCUGCAGGCACAGCUCGGACCGUCUCACAGCCAGAAGAGUCCGAUUUAGCUUCUCUUGUCGCAUCAUGUUGUAGAAAUCUGCCUCCAGAACUUUUUCGUUUUUCUAAAACUGAAGUCUGAAUUUUUAUAUUUAAAUUGCGUCCUUUAUCUUUCAUUUGCCACAAUUCAUCUUGAUCACUUUACUGCUAUUUUUUGCAAGUAUUUUCUGGUUUUGAGUUCCAACCUGGUUCAUUCUAGGUUUCAUACAUCAACAUUACAUCAGAUGGUAAAAAAAGCAGUGAAAUAUCCCUUUAAGACAUCUGAGUCAGCUGCCUCGCUCAUCCAGAUAAAACUAGAUGAUUGCACAAGUAUUUGGAGGCUAAUCUUGUAAAUUUGUCUGGAAAAUUAUGGAACUUCAUACUAAAAGAUGUUGGUUAUAUAGUUCUGAGUGUUAAUUCGCAAUUCUAGUUGUAACAUGUGGAAAGGAGUCAUUUCUGAUCAGGUUAGUGUUUUUCUAAUAGGAGGCCAGUAUUGGGAGCAAAGGGAAGCUUUGUUUACAUUUUAAUUUUUCUGCUUGUUUCAAUUUGAAGUCGGAAACGUUCCACUAAUAACAAAAAAAAAAAAGUUCCUUAAUUUGUAAGCAGGAUAACAGCCAUCAGUCCUGAUCUCCUGCCGGACGGUACCUCAGUUAAUUACUGUAAAUAUUCAACACAGAAGCACUCAGCUUGCCAACCUGUUCGUCUUCCCUAGAAACACGUUGCUCCUGUCAUGGAAAGUUUCACCCCUGCUGCUGUUUUCAUCUGUUAUUUAAAGUUUUUGGUACGGACGUUGUUUAAAAUUUGCCAGAUGUAAAUAUUAUUUUUGGUUUUUUGUACCAGCAUGUUUUGCUUGUGAUGAACAAAGUGUUUCUCAUUUCUGCUCAUGAAAACAUGAAUUUCCCCGAAUAAACACGUUGUCGUA